AUGCCUUACAACAUUGCUAUGGUCAGUGACUUUUUCUUCCCACAACCAGGUGGGAUUGAAAGUCACAUUUAUCAGUUGUCGACCAAACUCAUCGACCGUGGCCACAAAGUCAUUAUCAUAACCCAUGCGUACAAGGGUCGCACGGGAGUUCGAUAUCUUACAAAUGGCCUCAAAGUAUACCAUGUCCCAUUUCUCGUCAUAUACCGCGAAUCGACUAUGCCAACUGUUUUUUCAUUCUUUCCUAUAUUUCGCAACAUUGUCAUCCGCGAGCAGAUUCAGAUUGUUCAUGGUCACGCAAGUUUGAGCAGCUUCUGCCAUGAAGCUAUCCUACAUGCCCGGACGAUGGGUCUACGGACAGUCUUUACUGAUCAUUCACUAUUUGGGUUCGCGGACGCGGGCUCAAUUCUGACCAAUAAACUGCUCAAAUUUACGCUGAGUGAUGUGGACCAUGUCAUUUGUGUCAGCCAUACAUGUAAAGAGAAUACGGUUCUUCGAGCAUCUUUGGACCCGUUAAUGGUCUCCGUCAUCCCCAAUGCGGUCGUCGCGGAAAACUUCAGACCUCUAGAGCAUGAGGGACCACCGAGACCUAUUGGGCCCAAUGAUAUUAUCACUAUCGUUGUGAUCUCGCGCCUAUUCUAUAAUAAGGGAACUGAUCUGUUGAUUGCUACGAUUCCAAGAAUACUUUCGUCCCAUCCGAAUGUGCGGUUCAUCAUCGCCGGAUCAGGGCCCAAGGCCAUCGACUUAGAGCAGAUGUUAGAGCGCAAUGUGCUUCAAGACAAAGUGGAGAUGCUCGGUCCUGUUCGUCACGAAGAAGUUCGAGAUGUUAUGGUCCGAGGUCACAUCUAUCUACACCCCAGUUUAACCGAAGCCUUCGGGACUGUUCUUGUGGAAGCCGCUAGCUGUGGCCUCUAUGUGGUGUGUACGCGGGUUGGUGGCAUUCCAGAAGUGCUCCCCCAGCAUAUGACCACUUUCGCUAAGCCGGAAGAAGAUGAUCUUGUCAUGGCUACUAGCAAAGCCAUAGCCGCGUUGCGCUCCAACAAAGUGAGAACUGAUCGAUUUCAUGAUCAGGUGAAGAUGAUGUACUCCUGGACCGAUGUGGCACAGCGCACAGAACGUGUGUACAAGGGAAUUCAAGGAGACAUAAGCCCUGAAGAGUUUUACGGUUAUUAUCCCGGCCAAGGCUGGGAAGCGAGUGGUGAUAGGGUACGGAGCUUUGCCCUCAUUGACCGACUAAAGCGAUACUACGGUUGCGGGGUGUGGGCAGGCAAACUGUUUUGCCUUUGCGUCGUCAUUGAUGUCUUGAUCUAUGUCUUUCUAGAGAUGUGGUUCCCCCGCGCGAAUAUCGAUAUUGCUCGCAGUUGGCCAAAGAAGCUGAAACAGAAGGAAACAGCCGACUCAACCAGAAACGGCCCACAUCGCAUUGGCUCGACGACUUGA